UCAGGCCAUCUCCCACCGCGCAGGCGCAUAGAGUGCAUCAAGAUGGCGGCCCCCGUGGAUCUGGAGUUGAAAAAGGCCUUCACAGAGCUUCAAGCCAAAGUUAUUGACACUCAACAGAAGGUGAAGCUUGCAGACAUACAGAUUGAACAGCUAAACAGAACGAAAAAGCAUGCACAUCUUACAGAUACAGAGAUUAUGACUUUGGUAGAUGAAACUAACAUGUAUGAAGGUGUAGGAAGAAUGUUUAUUCUUCAAUCUAAGGAGGUAAUUCACAAUCAGCUGUUAGAGAAACAGAGAAUAGCAGAAGACAAAAUAAAAGAAUUAGAACAGAAAAAAUCCUACCUGGAGCGGAGUGUUAAGGAAGCUGAGGACAACAUCCGGGAGAUGCUGAUGGCACGAAGGGCCCAGUAGGGAGCCUCCAGGGGAAGCUCUUCCUCCUGACCCCUGCUCUGAUGGACGUUUUAGCUGGGUGGCCUAGCAACCACACAUCUUCUACAUCAUCGUGAAUCCCUCUCAGAUCCCAACCCUGUAAUUUUCACCCUGGCUCUGCCUGCCACCCUGCCUGGACACUCUUCUCUCCUGGGGUGAGUCACAAACUCCCAGGAGAGGGAAGAUGAGAGCCAGGACAGAGAAGGAAGCUCCCCCUGAGCCUGCCACCGCACGCACUGACCAGACCAAUAAAAGGCACCCGCCCCACUGUAAGUCUGCUUUUCUUGAGCUGAGGGAUGAGAACAGAGUGAGAGAGGCAGUGGCCUCAGCUCCCGCUCCCUCUGCACUGGAGCCUUUCCUUCCUUGGGGAGUGGGAUCUUGUCCUCUUCUUUUUUCUCCUUCUGUACCUUUGACCUCCUCAGCUUCUGGGCCUCCAUGUAAUUGUAGUAUGCAGAUGAGGAGGAAAGAACAGCCGUCCCUCUGUGGCAGUCUGCCUAAAGAUUCCUUUCCCUGCUGCUUUCUCAGCGUUCCAGAAGAAAGUUCAAUGAUGAGCAGCAUCUUCAAGACUGUAUUGUAAGGUGGACACUAUAAUCCUGAGGCUUCCUAGAGGCUCUGGGACAGCGAGUGGUGUGCUGGACCUGGCUCAGGAGGGCCAAUUAUUCAAUUUUCAGAAAUUUUGUUGCAAGCCAGUUGUUAAACACAACCAGUAUUAAAGAUUAUGUAAAGCUGCAAAUUAUGUUAAAAACAAGGAUAAUAAAUAUUCAGAACUCA